AUGGCUGAUCCCCUUGACACGGUGGUCGACACCGUCGUCACCGUGGGAGCCAUUCCACCUCGGUACCCACCCUUAUGCAAGUUCCUUAACUUUGAACCAGAUGUGCUUGUGUACAAUUGGUUCGAGCUCACCAUUGAUGGCGUUCUCCAUACCAUCUACUACGCCGCCCGCGACGAUGCCAGCUACUUUGGCACCCCUGCGGCCACGCAACGGGAAGAUGUCUCCAGCGAUAUUGCUCGGCGGGUCGGCGUCGUCGCCCCGGUGGACACUAACACCUUGCGGGCAGUGGCGGUGGUGGCAAACGUCGCCACUCGCUUCCAGGCGUCAUUGACCAACGAGGCGCGGCGGUUGAUCGAUCUUUUGACCGGGGCCAUUCAGUCCAAUGCUGAAAUUGAGGUGCUGGACACCGGCAUUGACCGGAUAAUCCGCAACCGGGUUGUUCGUCGCAAUACGAGAGAGGUGGCGCAUAUGGUCGCUGACAUCAUGGAUUACUUGGAAGCAGCGUAUCUUAUCGAGACAUUGGCUGAUUUCUGCGAUAUUAUUGAAUUUCCCAUGGAGCUAGCGCAGGGUGCUAAUGGCGUUAUCCCCACCAUCACGGUGAGGGAGCUUACCCCGCCGCAGGUCCUGCUUUUGCUCGGCGGAAUACAAAGUUUUAUUCGAGGCCAGGGUACUCGAUAUAGCCCAAGACUUCUUGAGUUGUUUCAGCAUUAUAGCUCUAUUGUCUACGACCCUGAUAGCCUGGAAGAAGUUUGUGCCGAUGACUUCGAUUUGAUCUCACGGGCCUACGAGGUGUUUGACCAAAACGGUGAUAAGGAAAGAAUCGUCGACGACCUUGUGGUAGCCUUUUACCUUGAACAGCCGACGUUACUUAUUAGACUCGCUUUUUUCGAAUUCGAACGCGGCUUGACUCAAAAAUGUAAAGGCGUUUUGUGUUGGAAGCACCGGCGUGACGCUACGAUGGCUGCUUUCAACGAACACCAGGCCAACAAGAACCGUUCUCUUGCCACCAAGUUUAUCAAAACUAUGGGUCAGGAGUACGAUCUCAUUCAGCUGAUGGAGCAAAUGGCCUUGAAUAACUCCAACAAACUUGCGCUAAAAUUAGUGCGUCCGCCUUGGAAGCGUCGGCAGCAAACGACUGCUAUGGCUGAUGGUCAAUUCCUCAAGAAGUUCUUCCAUAGCUGGCGCUAUCAACACUAUCUCCUUGGACUUCUGAAUGCGGUUGCUGAUCAACAAUUUGAGGGGAAGUUCUUCGAAAAGUGGGGUGACCAUUACGACCACCAUCAGGAGCAGAAGGUUAUCGCAGAUGCAUUGUACUUGAAACCCAAACUCACUAUAUGGCGUCUCUCUGCUCGAUUGCACUCGGCACGGGACCCAGUGAGUCGUCGUCGAUUCUCCAAUCAAAUCGAAUUUACCAAAACGGGUAAAUUAGAUCCUGAACACUCCUCGGUGUCGAUGGUGGUGAAAAGGGGCGUGUUUAAAAAUUGGCGGCUAGGCGCCCGCGAGCGGCGGUUCAUUGCGAAUCAAGGUGAUGCCAGACAAAUUGUCACCCUGCUCCGCGAGCGCACCCUGAGAUUGGCUGCCGCUGAGCACGAACUCCAAGGGCGGCAUAAUUUCCGGCUCAUUAUGCGUGCUUUGUCAAGCUGGCACAAGGAAGACUACAAGGUGCGUGCCAUGACCAGUCAAGCUGAUUUAACGGAGAUUUCACAUGCCUGGUUUCGUUUUGUAUUAAGCUACAAACAUCGGGUUGAGUUGCGACGAGCAGCUGAUGCCUUUCGUCAACAGAAUGUGGACCCACUUUUGAUGACACACAUGUUCAACAGGUGGCGUAACGCCCAUGAAAGUCGACGCCAAGAGCGCCUCGACCACCUCGCUAACCAGAUGAUCGCUAAAAGAUGCGUGGGGAAAUUGAAGCGAGCCGCGGCAGAUUUGUCUUCGCGGGAAACUCAAGUCCGCCAGUUGUGUGACAAAACCAUCGCUCGAGGGUUCUUGAAGUAUUGGAAGGCAUACCUUUCACGCACGCGUAAACUUCAACAUUGGGCGGAGCAAUUUGAUGCUAAGCGAUACUUGAUAACAUGGUACGAUGAAUACGCCGACGUCAGCCAAAAUUUGGUGGCAAUGGCCGACCAGUUCCAUAAUGCUCGUCAAUUUCAAAAGGUCGUUCGGCAAUUUAAGCUAAAGUCCCGCCAAUUGAAAGAGAGCGAAGCUAAAGCUCGGGUGGUACUUCCUCAAAUCCGAGGCCGGGCCGUUCUCCAAAAAUGGAAGGGACUCACUGAUGAGGUCAAACAGGUACGCUUGGAAGCUCAACGGCGCGAUCAAGCUCGCGUCCAAGAAGACUUACAACGUUCGGAACCUGAUAGUCGCCGCAUCCUUCCAGCCUCGCGCAACGUUCGUACCCAACUUCCUCCUCCGCAAAUCCUGCCAUUAUCGGGUCGACCCCUUUCAAGAAAUCGCUCUUCUGUGAUUGAUAUUGAUGUGUCCCAUUCAUCGUUUCUUUCUACGCCUAUCAAGUCUCAGCCCAGAAGAUCCAGACGCAGUCCUGAGAAGUUAUCACAGCUCAGACAGACGUAUUCGGCGGUCCCCACUGGCUUGGGGACCCCGCCACCCAGACCAUUAUUCACCUCAGGAGGUACCGACAUUGAUCAAGCUAAGCGACGUGGCCAAAUCCGGCCCAUCGAUUUUUCCGUUGAGCCAACGUUUGACCUGACCCGGAUUAACCGAGAUGGAUCUUCGUCGCGACCUAAUCUGUUCCCCGGAUCAGCGCGCCUCCAUAGCUAG